GAGGGAAGAAGCAUGUCCCGUCUGUCUCUAACACGGUCCCCAGUUUCUCCUCUGGCUGCUCAAGGAAUUCCUCUCCCGGCGCAGCUCACCAAGUCGAAUGCCCCCGUGCACAUCGACGUAGGAGGACACAUGUACACCAGCAGCCUGGCCACCCUGACCAAGUAUCCGGAUUCCAGAAUAAGUCGUCUGUUUAAUGGCACAGAGCCUAUUGUCUUGGACAGUUUAAAACAACAUUAUUUCAUUGAUCGAGACGGUGAAAUUUUCAGAUAUAUAUUAAGCUUCCUAAGGACAUCUAAACUACUGCUCCCAGAUGAUUUUAAGGACUUUAAUCUUUUAUAUGAAGAAGCAAAGUAUUACCAGCUGCAGCCAAUGAUUAAGGAACUCGAGCGAUGGAAACAAGAGAAAGAACAAAGGAAACAUUUCCAGCCUUGUGACUGCUUGGUCGUUAGAGUGACUCCAGAUCUGGGGGAAAGAAUUGCAUUGAGUGGGGAGAAGGCUUUAAUAGAAGAGAUCUUCCCGGAGACGGGGGACGUCAUGUGCAACUCCGUAAACGCCGGUUGGAACCAAGACCCUACCCACGUUAUUAGGUUUCCUUUGAACGGAUACUGCCGGUUGAACUCAGUGCAGGUGCUUGAAAGAUUAUUUCAGAAGGGGUUUAACGUGGCAGCCUCCUGUGGUGGCGGGGUGGAUUCCUCCCAGUUCAGCGAGUACGUGCUGUGUCGCGAGGACAGACGGCCACAGCCUACUCCAACGAUCAGAAUAAAACAGGAGCCCCUGGACUAGAACCCACCCUCACUCCUUUGUAACCGUAGAAGUGUUUAAUAGCCCCUUAUGUGAAACACUAAGGAUUUGCAAAACAGUAUUAGCAAACAGAUUUUGACUUUAUGUUGCCAAUUAGUGGUAUUCUGAAACUACCUGUCACAUAGCCAGCCAUGAAAUGCAUUCGGGAAACCCGGUGUCCCUUUCUCACGAUGGAAGUGCCGGGCGCGCUCGGCGCGCCGGGCUCUGUGGGAACGUGCUGGCAGCUCCACAGCUGCGGUGGUGGCAAAGGAGAAGCUCCAGCGCAGUCCUGACCCGAGCCGGGACUUCUGCAGAAAGACCAAUUAAAGCAAUUUGAAUUUAGCAGGAGGAGAACCGAAUCUGACAGCGUUUCCAGUGACAGCCGCCCCCACAGCCACUGCCGACGGCAGGAAGCGGAGGCCACCCCAAGGAAGAGGAGACACUAAAAACUGCACCGAGAAUCCUCCCUGACCGCACACCCUUCCUAGCAGAUGUGCUUUGCACCUCCACACGUUGCAUCACACUUCUGUGAUUGUACUCACGCUAGCAAAUGGCUUAUUUUUAUACAACAUUUCCAGCUGAAAUCUCUAUGGACAGAAUCCAGAAUCAGAAAAGGACCGAUUUAUAGUCAACUGGUGCUCAGUACUUUAAAACAAACAAACAAAAAGCAACAAAAAUUUUGACAAGGUCAAUGAUGGCCAGUAUUUGCAACAGUAGGGAUCUGGAAGCACAAAAUAAAAUGCCAUCUACCAUCAUCCAGUGGCCACAUGCCUCACAUGGAGCUGUAGUUCUCUUAAAGCCAGUCUUCUUUUGACUCAGAAAUUGUCAGUUUUGCAUCAUCUAAGAAGCGUGGUUCUGCUAAGCUCUGCUACCCCUUGUUACUCAUGGCCCAUGCUUAGGAGGAARCGUUAAGAAUUUUGGACAACCCAACUCUUUAUAGGUCUGGAUUUUUUUACAAAAGGCCGUUAAAACCCUCCCCCUUCCCUUGUCUGAUGAAAGCAGGCCACGUUUUUGUUUAGAUUGUUUUUCCUCUAUUAUUUUAUAAACUAGCAUUAAAAUCCUGAUUCUGUAGCUGCCCUCUUCCUGUGUAAUUUUCUCUUUAAAGAAGCCUGAUGUCUGCAGGAGGUUACUGUUCCUUCCAUGAAUCAGUAUCGACUCUUCCGACUCGCAGGGCUUCCUAACUCAGGAGACAGCACCACGUUUGCAGGUGCAAGGUUAUAAAUAGCAUUCUGCCAAGUCCUGUUUGUUGCUGUUUAGCAUGAUUGGGUCCUCAAUAACUAAUUCAUAUGUUAAUCACAAUUUUGUUUCUCCCACAUUAAUUUAUAGAAUACUGUUGUAGAUGCUGAAUUUUAAUUAAACUCUUUUUUAGAUGCAUAAAUAUGGCCAUACAGAACAAGGGACAGAGUAUUAAAUGGUCAACAAUUCUUAAAUGCCGAAAUGAUUAUGAUUAGGCAAAAAUAACAAUCCAAGUGUUCUGAAGUGAUGAGCUGUACUGAGUGGCCAAGGUGCAGCCUGUGCAGAGGUCUCGUUUUUGGAGAAGUGCUGGAUACCUGCCCUGGAAAUUCCGACCUCUGCGGUUAGCUCAGCUUGGAUUCCCAAAUUCCAAAUCUCUCGUGAAAACGUUAGCCUAUGUGUAUUGGCCUGCUAAUUUAGCAGAACAGUUGAGCAAAUCUGUCUACUUUAAAAGAGUUGUAAAGUUAUUUUAUUUUGUGGUUUUAUACUUGUAUGACACUAAAGUUGCUAGGUAUUGCCAUAUUUGAAUAUAUGGCACAGCAUUCACCUUUGUAUGUAAGAUAUCUGUAGAAUUGUAUAUUAUACAUUUAAUAUUGUAAAGAACUUAACG